CCCCCGCUCGGUCCACUUUAGUCAGGCGCGCGUGGGUUUGUCUGGAAAAUCGAUUUUCUCUUUCUGCCAUUGACGACUCUUUCCCAGUCAGCAGCAUAAGAUGGAGCACACCGCGGCAUGUUCGCUCCUGCUCCUGCUCGCCAUAGGAGUCGCUGUGGCGCAACAGAAAGUCGCCCCGAGUCCGGCAGAACCAGUCACCACUGACAAACAACAGUCUUCUGGGAGCGAUAAGGUAUCAUUCUUCAGAUCCCAAAACCAGAACCUCAAGACCUCAGCCGUCACUGGCUCCACGCCGACUGCCGUGCCUGAGGGCGGCACAGCCAUAUACAGGCAGUAUGCCAAAGACGGCACUGUAUGCACCCUAAUUAGAACUGACGGACUUCUCACCUUUACUUAUGUUGAUAAAAUAAAAGAGAAAACGGAAACUGACGUUUAUCUUCCGAAUGAAGUGACUGUGUCUGGGCAUUGCCAUUUAGAGGACUCAUCCCUGCUCACCAUGAGAUGGAAGUCUUACAUUCUGAAUUGGUUCUUCAUGAAGACACCUGGAGGUGAGAGAUGGUAUUUGGACAGGCUGGAAGUGAAGUUCAACACCUCUGAAAAGAAAUUCGAGCAUUACCCUAAGCCAGGCCGAGCUGUGAGGUUGUCAACUCCGGCCAAGGUAGGACUUUUCCCAACCCCAGUUGGGAAGGCGUACGAGUGCAAUGAGGAAGAGACCAUCCAACUCGAGGGUGGCAAAGAUAUCUCCGCCUCGAUUCUGCUGAGAGAUCUGAAAAUCCAGCCCUUCAUUUUCAAAGGCGAUGAUUUUGGGCCAGAAUUCAUCUGUCAACCUGGUGCAAAAUCAUAUCGAGACGAGCGGGCCCCUUUGGCGGUGGGUACAACCCUGGCAGUGGUGACCCUGCUGACGGUAGCAGGGUAUGGUGUGUACCGCUAUAUUAAAAUCAAGAAGGUUCAGUAUGACAAUGUUGAGUAAAAAAACACCACAAAGAGCUGUGUUUGCAAUUUUCCAUUUUUAAGCCUUUGCAGCAGAGCGGCCAAUUUUAAUUUAAACAAUUUCUUUAACGUCCUUCUGCUGCUUUUGGGUAAGAACGAGGUUGAAUUUCCAAAGAGGAGCUUGCUAAUUAAUAUUUGAUAUGAGUGAGAUUUAUAGAUUGUUAAAUUUAAUUAAAAAGCAAACAGCCAACCACCAUUUAGCAAGUUCCUUGAUUUGAGUGAGAAAUUUAAGUGGUGCACGCAAGAUUUUUUUAACGCGGAUGAUUUUUUCAUAUUAGAAUCAGUGGAAGUGUGCACUAUUUUAUGUAUAUGUCGAUCGUUUCUUUGCUAGAUACAGCUUAGAGAUUUGAGUUGCAUUUUGAAGAGCGAUGAGCAAUACAGUCUAUGCAGAAACGGCGGACUUAAAGAAAAGACGUUCGUGAUUUAAUAAGCGCCAGACUUGUGUACCAAUCAUGUGCGCUUUUGCCGAAAAUAGUGCACUUGAGCGUCUUGAGAAUGCCACAAUGUUGACAAUGUAAUGUAAUUUUUCUGUUGAUCUCUAACAGCAUUUUGAAUUUUUUCAAUCGUCAGAGUGUCGACUCUGUUCAAUUACGAUCCAUAUACAACUAUAGGUACAAUUAAAUAUAAUUACUGUGAAAACAUGAUCGCGGAGCAUCAUAAGAAUGCCGAGCAAAAAAAGUGUAAAUAAUAAAAUGAAAUUCCGUAUUAUAUCACGAGUUAUUGCUAUACUCUUAAAUCAAUCGUCGAUGUAUAAUACAUACACUAUUCCGUGCGAUGUUGCAAAAACUUUUUUAACAAAGUUCCAUCUCUAUCACAUUCCACACCGGCAAAAAUAAAAUUCGCACUUUUCGUCAGCACACUUGCUCUAACUUCGCGCACCAUUUUUCUGGAGAUUAAAAUUCUCUAUUAAAAAUUAUAAAAUCAAUGUACGAAGAAGUCUAACCAAAAGUGAAUUGUGGUGCUUUUACUCCAAAUCGGCGAGUUAUGUGGCGUGCUCUGAAAAAAAGAGGAAAUGGUACGCGGCGACAGAUUAUUCACCGUGCCAGGGAAACAUUUAGGGAAAAUGCUAGUCAACUUAUAUCUCGUGUUGUGUAUUCGCUAGAAAAAAAACGCGUUUUGCGGUUCCAAAAUGCGCAGCUCCGUGUUUGGUUCAACAAAACAGGUGGUUUCAAAGUCUUCCAAAGUAUAGUUACAUUUACGACGUGUUGACAUGCAUAUAAAUAUAUUUAACUGCGUGUAUAUUUACUCUGAUUAUAUAAAUAAACAUUAUCAAUGAAUACGAUUGUUUCCGUAACUUUGCUGCUCCUUCAUACGCACUCCUCGUUAUUGAAUAACGACUUUAUGCAUAUCUGUUGGCAAAAAUAUGCCGUAAUCCUGCAGCACAUAUGUACUUAAUAAAAAAGGAAUGAAAUACAAAUGCUGUUAAAAGAGGAAAAAUUUUUCCAGAUAAAAUACGUUAUGAAAGGAUGCCGUUUUUCAUCUCAGUGUGACUUCAUAAAUGUAUUUCGGCACCAUAUGAUUUGUUUUAAAAUUUCUUUACUGUGAACGUGGCUAAAUUGUAUCCUUCUAAAUCAGAGUUGAAAUUGAUGUAGUGUAAAAACGUUAUGACACGAAUAAAAACCAAAAUAUCGAC